CGGUGGGAAAAAGAGUUCUGCUUCAAAGCAAAACCCGCAGUGUCGGUGCACAAGAAAACGAUCAAAGAAAAUGAGGCUCAUCCGACGUGGCCACAUUGACCCUUGCGUUAUCUCAUAGCGGCGCUCCUAAAGCUAUCUUAUUUUAACCGUACCCGGUUAUCUACCUUCUAGUUUCGUUUCACAGACUCCGACGCCGGACCACCGGACUGCUACAGGCAAUCCGAAACCUCGCGUUUUAACUCUUAAGGUAGUUGGGCACCGCCGCUUAUCUUUUACAAAGGAAAAUGGGUCACGCAUGGAGCCAGCCGGCUGAUAACACUUCUCAACAGCAGCUGGAAAUGCAGAAUCACCAACUGGAGAGACAGAUAUACAUGAAAUAUCUGAUGCACCAGCGACUGGUCGCCUUCAAGAUCGCCCAUGCACGGGAGCUGUUUUUUUGGAUCACGGCUUUCUACGUAGCCUCCAGUGCGGCACUUUUCGUUGGGUACCGAAGGACCAAGAAGCCAUUGAUUUUGGCCCCUAUUUUACCCAUGACAUUCAUAUUGGCUUAUCAGGGUGACCUCGCUUACGGGAGCAAGCUUGUGAGAAUCAAAGGUGAGGCAGAGAACAUCAUGUCGUUUGAGAAAGAGCUGCUGGAGCUUCCUCACAAUGUUCCCACCGUCGGAGGCAUCGAUGAAGCCAGGGAGAAGGCAAAGGACGAAGGGAGCUUCAACAGAGCACAUGACAUCUUCCUGUGAACACAUCCGCCUCGAAGCAAGA